CAACCACCUGGGAAGUUGAAGACUCUUCUUGUCUAAUGCGUGCCACCCGUGGGUAGCAUCCCUGCAAGAGACCCACAGCAAAGCGAGGGUCAUCAAUACGUUCACCCCCUCCCUUCUUAUUCACUCAUAAUCUUCGCCGUUCAAACACAGGUAGUAAGAAGUGAUCAGAUUCGAGAAGUUACUGAUUGGUGGCUUUGUACGGGGCUAGUUAUCAUACGACCGGGGGGAACCCAGAAACCUGCUGUGUUAGCCUGUCGGAUUUCGUAACUCCCUCAGCUGCAGAACGAAAAUCGAGACGAGAUGCUUGUGUCAUUACAUAAAUGUCUUAAGACCUACAGAAAGUAACCCACAGUCGUCAUGUUCAUCUUGAAGUAAUCCUGUUUCUUUCGUUGGCGACAAUCCCAACUUUCAACGUUCCUACCACCGUAUCUACGGCAUACGACAGACAAGAUGAACGGAGACAUGAUGAUGAUGAUGGGGACUCCCUGGCUGGACCAGCCGGUGAUGCUCCAUUCGUCCCGGGAGGAUACAUGCAAGUUGACUCCGGCGCAGUGUGCUUAUCGUAACAGCCACUGGAGGUACUGGUACCAGUCGGAUCAUGUCUAUGCUCUAGGGACAGUUUACUUCUUCGUCGCAGUUAUUGGCGUAUGUCUCAUCGGAUUCUACAGUCAGCGGCUUGCACCGAAAUCUCUCAGAGAAAAGAGUCUUUGGCAAAAGCUAGUAGCAAGCAUUCGUUACUUAGCCUAUCGCCGUCACAAUGGGAUUGCAAGCUGGUGGAAUGCACCGUCUUUUGGAGUCGUUCUCUUGUUAGUCAUUGGCGCUGUAUUUUUCUUGGCAAUGACAUUAGGUCCGCAACCUUAUUAUUGGCCGAACACACGAACGCUCAGUUAUGGUAGCUCGCCCCCUAUUGCGACAAGAACCGGGUUUAUGGCCUUGGCGUGUCUACCCUUUAUGAUCAUAUUAUCAACGAAAGCCAACAUGAUCGCUUCCUUGACGGGUGUCUCCCAUGAACGGUUAAUCGUAUUCCAUAAUUGGGUCGGAUGGGCGAUGUUUGCGCUGGCUCUUGUCCAUACAUUUCCGUUCAUCGUUUUCCACAUCUGGAAAGGCGAUAUGGUUUACCAAUGGAAUACCAGCGUCGUGUAUUGGACAGGCGUCGUUGCCAUAAUCGCACAGGCGUAUCUCCAAAUCUUUUCUCUUCGAUUCAUCAGGGACCGAUUCUACGAAUUUUUCCGAUUGACUCAUUACGUGGCGGCGAUCGUGUUUGUCGUAUUCUUUUUCAUUCAUUGCGAUUUUCGACUCAGUUCUUGGGAUUAUUUCAUCGCUACCGGGGUCCUCUACACGCUAUCCUUCCUCUAUUCCCAAAUCCGAACAUACUUCGAAUUCGGAUUGUCGCGCCGCGCUAGCUUUACGAUGAUUUCGGAGCACACUUUAAAAGUGACGAUCCCCGUCGACACCACAUGGCGUCCCGGUCAGCAUAUGUUUCUUCGUUUCGUUCACUUAGGAGUGCAUGCAUUUACGGCUCAUCCUUUCACAAUAUGUAGCUUGCCCGCCACAAAAGGCAGCACUGGAAACUCGAAACUUACGUUCUACAUCCACCCAAGAGGUGGCUUAACAGCCCGUCUCGCUAAUGCCGCCAACCAACGUCCGGGCUUUAGCGUACCAGUUUUAUUGGAUGGACCAUACGGAGGAGUUCGGGGGAGACCUCUACAUACCUACGACCACAACCUUAUCGUGGCCUGUGGCGCUGGUGCGGGUCUUUCGUUACCGUUCGUUAUGGAGAGCCUACUGCAAUCAGCAUGGCAAGCAAGAACCGGAAACAAAAAAUACAUCAACAGGAUACAAGUUGUGAUUGCGACAAGGGAUAACCAAUUGGUUCAAUGGUACGAGGAAGCGCUGUUGGAGUACUUGGAAGAAAACGGGAUCGAGAUGGUACCUGAUAAUCUCAGCAUCUCUGUAUAUCAGACUGGCAGGCCCGAGUCUGAAAGUAACAGUACAGCUAAAGACCCCGAGCGAUCUGAUGAGAAGCUUAACGGAAGCUAUAAAGUUACGAGCAGUCUACCGAUAAACGUAUUUUCUGGUCGUCCAGAUAUCACAACGAUUGUGAGGGAUGCGACGCUUCAACCUGGACUUUCCGUUGGUAUCGUCGCUUGUGGACCAGGGGAUAUUUUGAAGACGGUUCAGGAAGAAGCAGCAGCGGCGCAAUUACGAGUUGUGGGGUCGAAGUCUGGUGCGCGGGAGGUGUAUUUGCACUCGGAAGUCUUUUCGUGGUAAUUGAGAUGUGCAGGAAAAAACAAAAUCGAAUUAAAUAAAAAGUGUAUAUUGAUAUUCAUCAUAAGUGGCCCUUACAUAAUAUGAUACCCGUAUGUUAGCAGAUUAAUUAAUUUAUGUUAAUUAAUUUAUGAAUUGUUGGAUGUCGAAGCGCGAAGUAUUAUCGUCAACAAUUUACCUAAGACUGUUUAGGUGAAGGAAAGGAGGAGGGGCAUUCCGAUCCCUCUCUAAUUAUGUCUCUCAAUAAUAAGCAAGUUGCCCACAAAAGAAACUUAAAAUACUUAGACGUCAUUGGUGGCGUUUACAUACAUUAAGUUUACAAACAUCCAGGAAUGCACUUAUUAACCUACGAAGUUUCUUUAGAUUUAGAUAGAUUGCUAAGUUGAGUACCUUCCAAUCUACCAAUUCUAAAAAAUAGAUAUUAUAAUUAAUUAAACAAG